AGCUGUACCAAGAAAUGCAAUGAAUGUAUUCUGAGAUUUCACUAUUUAUUACCUGACAGCUUGAUGUUAAAAGCUAAUAAAUCAGGUAUGGGCAUGGAUAUCAUAAUAUCAGGAUGGAUGUGUCCUCAAAUGGGGAAGUUGGAACCUGUAUGUUUAUUUUGCAUACUGAACUGCCGUUAUUCAACUAUGCCAAUGUUCCUAAGAAAUGCGACAGUCCUUAAGAAAAUAUUGGAUGGAUGUGUCCUCAAAUUGGGAAGUUGACUUAAUCACUCCACUCUGUGCUUUGGACAACCCUCCUUCCCCCCCUGAGCUGAGAGAUAAAGAUAGCUUUCAUGUCUUUAUCAGCUACAGCAGCUGUGAUUCACAAUGGACACAAAGCCUCAUCACCUGGCUGGAAUCAUCUCAGUGUGGUCUACUGACCUGCUACCAUGAGAGAGACUUUAUUCCAGGCUGCAGCAUCCUGGACAACAUGACAAACUGCAUUCAGAAAAGUCAGAAAGUGCUCCUUGUCCUCAGUCAGGACUUUGUGAGGAGUCGCUGGUGUCUGCUGGAGGCCAACCUGUCCCUGUUUCGAGACUGUCUGGAGUGCAAGCCUUUGGUUCCAGUGCUACUGGAACCUGACAUCACCAUCCCUAUCUACCUCUGCCACAUAACAUACCUGGACGCCAAAGACCCAGAGUUCCACAGUAAACUGUUAAAAGUACUCUGCACCCCCAAUCACCAGCUGCAAGGUUCUAGUGUGGUGCCUUUCCAGCCACCCUCGGUCUACAAUGGCAAAGCUCUGCCGCCUCUCACAUCUGUGAAUGAGGAGGGCCUUCACAGGUGGGAGGCAGGUGUGUUCAGUGACCAAGGAGUUCCAGAGCAGCUGCGCUUAGUGGUGCAGAAUGAGGAGAGGUACAUUGCAGCUAUCAGGAUGGUUAACAGUGUCUCUCAAACAAAGGUCUGGGUCCGGUCUUUGGGCUUUAGGCUAUUGUUAUAUUUUAUUGGAAUAGCAUUUAUUUUAUGUUUAGGCUUCCCAAUAGCUAUUUGUAUUGGAGAAUAUGGUCCAUCAGCAGCAAUUUACAUUUCCGCUCAAUUGGCUUUUAUCUAUAGACUUUGUUUGUUGCACAUAGACAGUGAUAAGUAUUUAACGCAUGAAAUGCAGAAGUGCACUGGCCAAGCUAAUGUUGCUCUUUCUGAUGAGAAGAUUCUAAUAGGCUGUCAGUCACGAACCAAACUGUACCUCGUGUAUGUAUCUUUGGAUGGAUGCAAGCUCAUGUUCAAUGAGACUUAUCAGUCAGCCCUUGCUGAGGAGAUGUUCCAAAGGGCCUUGCUCCACUUCUCUUCAGGAUAUGCCUGCUGUUUAGCCAAAAGGCACUUCCCCUUCGACAUUUCCAGCUCAAAUGGCCACUUGGAAGGUGGCGUGUGCUUCUGUCAGUAUGUCUCUCAAAAGCUGAAGAACCGACAAGUGGUCAUAGGAUUCCAACUACGCUUAAAGGAAUUCUGUGACAUCCUCUUGCAAGACCUGUGGAUGUCAGACCAAAUGGCUGCUUUGAUGCAUUGCACUGUUAAUAUAAUAUAUUUCUAG